UGAAUUAGAUGUGUGAAAAAAUUAAUGGAUCUUAUUCUCCUUUUAUCCCACGCUCCUUCUGUUUGAAAUAAAAACUACUUUGUAUACUUUACAGGAGAAGGGGAGAAAGAUCACGUGGGAGUAAAAUGGAGUAAAAAGGUAUGGAUAAAACGCGCGCGCUAAUCGCACUAGAAAUGAAAAGCGAGUAAACGUCAUACUUUUUAUUCGUUACCUGUAAAAACGGUUGAAGACUGCAAGUGCUUUCGACAGUUUUAUCGCGUGAGUCUUGGCGGUAUCUUAGGAACAUGCCAUUAAUAAGAAAACCCAUGCGAUAUGCCCAUCAAGAAGGGCAUACCGACGUCUGCUACUACUCCGGCGAGAAGAGAGGACUCGUCACCUGUGGAUGCGAUGGGGACGUUAGAUCCUGGUUAAAUUUAAUGGAUGAUGAUCCGACCACUAGUUGCAUCUCAGAGCAAGCGAUCACAGCAAUCUCAAAGGAUGGUAAAAUUUAUGUGGGAAACGACAAUAAUACAGUGCAAAUACUUACUUAUCCUGAUUUAGAGAAGGAAGGAAUAGUCACUAGAUUUUCAGCACCAGUCUCAGCAUUAGCAACAGCAAAAGAUAGCAGUUUAAUAGUAUCGGGUGCCUGUGAUAUGCGGAUACAAGUAACAAAUAUUAAUACUUCAGAUAGUAUAGAACUAGAGGGUCAUGAAGCACCCAUUUUAGGCCUAUCUUUAGAUCCGAAAGAACAGUUUGUGGCAUCUUCUAGUGCUGAUGGUUCUAUUCGAGUGUGGAACAUUAAGGAAAAGAGAAUUGUACAUGUUUGGAAUAAUAUUUUCCCAAAAUGUAAUUCUUUUUUUACUGCAAAAUUGUAUUGUACACCUUCCUUCAAGUGUACAGAUGGCAGUUGUCUAGCAUAUCCAUCUAACAAAGAUGUAGUUAUUGUGGAGAGAUUAUCCUGGAAAGAAUUGUAUAGAUUGAAAUGUCCUACUUUAAAAUCAGAGCUUAGCAUUUGUAAAUUUUCCGAGUGUGGCACGCGUGUUGCUGCUAGUUCACUGCAUGGAGAGAUAGUUGUGUGGGAUGUUGAAACUAAGGAAAUGAUUGGAUAUUUGGAACAUGAACAGAUUACCAAAAUCACUGCAUUGGCAUGGCACAUAGAUCAUUCGAAUGAAAUUGCAUUCUGCGACGCAUUAGGAAAAUUAGGAUGCAUUGAUGUGAUAAGCACUAGUAAGCCUGCAAGUGAGAUAACUUUUGAUUCUGAGAAAAAUGAAGAUGUAAUAGAAAAUGAUAUUGCUUUACCGGAUGAUGAUGAUGAUGAUGAAAACGUGAUAUCUCUGAAUAAAAUAAAGGCUUCUAUCAAUUUGGAAGAUGAUCAAAAAAGUCAAUCUGACACUGACUUUGAAAAGCCUCCAUGUGAUACAAAGGCUUUUGUACCUAACAUAAAGUUGCAAUCGUCUUUUCAAUCAGGAUCUACACCUUCUCAUUUAUUAUCAUACUUUAUGAUGUGGAACGACGUGGGAAUGGUUAGAUGUUUCUCGUCGGAGGAUGGGGAAGAAUGCAGUAUUGAGGUAGAAUUCCAUGAUGUCACGAUUCAUCGCAGCAUGCACAUAAAUAAUUAUUUACGACAUUCUUUAGCUGCUUUAUCUACCCAAGCACUUGCUCUGAGCUGUGCAGCGUCUGAAGAUGGUCCUAGUAAAAUUGUCGUGAUAGCUUUGCAAGGUUGGGGUUCUGGAAAUAAAGAAUGGAUUCUGGAUCUACCAGAAGGAGAAGAAAGUGAAUGUUUGGCAGCUGGUGAUAAUUUCAUUGCAGUAGCAACAUCUAGGAGAAAUUUAAGACUAUUUAUGAUAGGGGGUACACAGCGUGAAAUUUUAGCUCUACCUGGACCUAUAGUUACAAUGAAUGGUCUAGGAAAUCAUCUUGUGAUAGCUUAUCAUGCUGGAAUUGGUCCAACGGGUGAUCAGAAUAUAAAUCUAUUAUGGAUACAAAUACAAGGAGUACAUUUACGCAGUCAAACUUUAACGCUUCCACUUUCGCCAGCAUCAGAUCUCAUGUGGUUAGGAUUAUCAGAUGCUCGUUCGCCCACUAUUAUGGAUUCUGAUGAUAUUAUCAGAAUAUAUGACAAGAGGUCUUGUCAAUGGAGAGUACUCUGUGAUGCGAAUGUACAGGGAAAAGGUAGAGCAGAUCACUAUUUUAUAAUUGGAGUGAGCGAAUACGAACGUAAUAUGCGGUGUAUCCUUUGCAAAGGUAGUUAUUAUCCACCGACAACACCGCGACCGAUAAUUACCGAGGUACCUCUAUCCGCACCUCUCUGCGAACCGGAAUCUGAGAAAACUGAGAAAGAACGUAAACUGUGGGAGAUAGGAAGUAAUUUGUUAGAUCAAACUGAGACGAUGUUAACUUUAAUAGCGCUUGCCUGCAGAAGCAAUUUGGAAUAUCGUGCAGUAGACAUUUGUGAACAAAUUGCGCCGACGAAAGUGAUAGAGUUGGCUGUACGGUACGCCUUGCGUGUAAAUAAAAUGGCAUUGGCAAAUAAAUUGGAAACGAUCGCAGAUGGAAAGAUUCGAUCGGAUUCCAAAGAUUCAAAAGAAGAAGAAGAAGAUACGGAAAAUCAUCAUGACAAUUUUGCAAACAAUGGUGAUUUUAGUAUUGAUAGUCAAGAAGAAAAUGAUAUAUCUUUACCAUCCGUUAAAAAACCGGAAAUAGAAAUUAAACCAUUGACCAUGAGUCAAACAUUAAAAAGAAAAAAUCCAUUUUUAAAAGCCGGAAGUCCAUCUUUAUCGCCAAAGGGUUUAGCUGGUCUGAACAGUUUACCAGAAAAGCCCCAGAAACCUGCAUUAACCAAAGUCGUGCCUGUUAAAUCAAAAUCAAAGACUGAAUCUAAAGAAGGGUCUUUCGUUAAAUGGUAUAAUAAAAAUAAAAAGAAUCUGCAGGAAGAAUUUCCUGAGGGGAAUGUUGACGAGUUGACUAAAAUCGGUUUAACGCGAUUCAAAGAGGAGACAGCGCAAUCAAAUGCAGAUAAUACGGCUGGACCUUCGGAACUCUUUAAAAAACGAAAGUUAUCGAGUUCAGAUAACGAACAUAGCGAAGCAAAACGAGCUGUUAGCAGCAAGCUUAACAGCUUUGCAUUCGAAAAAUAAAUUUUAUUUGGAUAUAAAAAUUUGGAUACGAAAAUUGUUUUAUGCAUAUCUUUAAAUUACAUCAUUUUAACUGAGAAAA